AAUACACCUCUUCUUAUCAUACAUUUCUAUGCUGUUCUGUUCUGCUCUGCUCUGGGUGAGAAAUGGAGAAAUUGUGUGUUAUUCUAUGCUUCUUUAUUGUCAUUACAUGCUCUUCUCUUUGUGCAACCUGCUAUCCUUCAUGCUUCCCACAUGACAGAGAUGUCCUUCUGGCUUUCAAGAAUGAGUAUGAUGAUUACAUGGAUUCAGAUAUAGCCAAGCAAUAUAAGGAGUCAUGGAGAGGGUUCAAUUGCUGCGACUGGUAUGGUGUUCAAUGCACCCAACAAUCCUCCCACGUCAUCGGACUCAACUUCUUCACUAAGAAUAGUUGGUCUUCAGAAAAUCCUUCUAUUUACAAAACACUCAUUCCAGUUUUGUUCCAAUUGAGGCACAUGGAGUAUUUGGACUUGAGUUUCAAUUCUUUCAGUGGCCCUCUACCCAAAGAACUUUUUGGCCUCCAAAAAUUGAGAUAUCUAGAUCUUAGCCUCAACCAUUUUGAAGGGGAAAUUCCCAUGGAUAUUGGCUCCCUGCACACCUUGACAGACCUUGACUUGUUGUAUAGUGGAUUCCAAGGAAGAGUUCCAUGGCAGCUUGGGAAUCUCUCUCAUUUGCAAGUUUUAGAUCUUUCAGGAAAUGGGUUAUACAGCUCUAGUUUAAGGUGGAUAGAGAAGUUGCAGGAGUUAAAAUAUUUGUAUCUUAGUGACAUGUUGUUGAAUAUGACAAGUCAAGAAUUGGAUGCAGUCCUUUCUCAUUUGUAUCUCCUCCAACACCUUGGCCUUUCAAAUUGCUCUCUAACCAUAAUCCCCAACGCUAUCCAAAACCUAACCUCAAUCUCCCAUCUUUUUUUAGAUGACAAUGAAUUUAGUUCCACAAUGCCUUUAUGCUUGGGGAAUAUGCCUUAUUUGCAAGAGCUUAGUUUGUCUUACAAUACAAAAUUGAGUGGAGAUAUAGGUCAAAUAUUUUGUGGAAAAUGGCCAAAAUUGACUAGGUUUUAUUUGUCAAAUAUGAAUAUAACAUCAUGGAGCAUACCAUUGUCUAUUGGUCAACUUUCAUCUUUGACUUAUCUUUAUCUCUCCUACAAUAAACUGAGUGGCAAUAUACCUUUGUCUAUCGGUCAACUUUCAUCUCUAGUUGAGCUUGAUCUCUCCCAUAAUGAACUAAGUGGCAAUAUACCUUUGUUUAUUGGUCAACUUUCCUCUUUGGAACAUCUUGAUUUGUCCUACAAUGAGUUGACUGGCAUUAUACCUUUGUCUAUUAGUCAACUUUCAUCUUUGACACAUCUUCAUCUCUCUUCCAACAACCUACGAGGCCAUUUUUCUCUUGGUGCUUUCAAAAGCCCUAGUAAACUUAAUGACCUUGUCUUGUCUUAUAAUAAAUUAAGUGUCCAAAUUGACCCAGAAUGGAUACCUCCAUUUUCAUUAUAUACUUUGGGUUUGGCUUCUUGUAAUAUUGCAGGCAUCCUACCUCCAUUCUUAUCAACACAAUAUGAAUUACAAGAUUUGGAUCUCUCACAAAAUAAUCUCUAUGGAAACAUUCCAUCUUGGCUAGGAGGUUUACCCUAUCUACAAUACUUGAAUCUAUCAUACAAUAACUUGCAAGGUCAAAUUCCAUUCACCUUGAACAUGAGCUCCUUUUACAAUGUAGAUUUACAUAAUAAUAUGUUGAGUGGUUUCCUUCCAAUUCCUUCAAUAGUUUCCCCAAAUUUGCAGCUAUUGGAUUUGUCAGAAAAUGGAUUCACAGGUGUUAUCCCAAUACCAAUUGGUACACUUCUACUUGGCAUUCAAUUCUUGUCACUUUCAGCAAAUUAUCUAAGUGGUGGAAUUCCUUCUUCCAUUGGUCUUCUGCAGAGAUUAGAUGUUUUGGAUCUCUCAAAGAAUAGAUUAUGUGGUCAAAUACCAUCAAGCCUAACUAAUUGCUCCUCUUUGACAAGAUUGAACUUGGGAAAUAAUUAUUUGAUAGGAUACAUUCCAACUCAAAUUGGAAUGAUAAGUUCUCUCCAGACUCUUCAACUCAAUGGCAACAUGUUGAAGGGAAACUUUCCAUCAAGUCUUCAAAACUGUUCUGGUUUGCAAAUUUUAGAUGUGGGUGGAAAUUUAUUGGUGGGUAAUAUACCACUUUGGCUAGCACAAUUCUCUUACUUGAUGAUACUUGUUUUGAGGUCAAAUGAUCUUCAUGGGAACAUUCCAAAUCAAUUAAGCAAUCUUUCCAACCUCCAUGUGUUGGAUAUUUCAGGUAAUAAUUUGACUGGAGCCAUCCCACCAAAGUUGGGAAAGUUGAAAGCUAUAAUGGAUGCAGAAGUAAAAAUCUCAAAUAGUAGUCAUGAUAAUUCAGGUUACUACUACAAAGCAGGGGUCCAAGUGAGGAACAAAGGAUUGGAUCAAGUGUAUGUCAGUUCCAUUUUGUUACUUAUUACUUGCAUUGAUCUAUCUAGGAAUCAGCUAUCAAAUGGCAUUCCUUCAACAAUUGGAAGUCUUAAAGGUCUACACACAUUGAACUUGUCAGGAAAUAGCCUCACUGGAAAAAUUCCAAUUACUUUUGGAAUGUUAGAGCAAUUAGAGUCAUUGGACCUUUCAAAUAAUGAAUUGAAAGGUGAGAUUCCAAGUCAGCUAUUAAACCUCUCAUUUAUGAGUUCUUUCAUUGUAUCUAAUAACACACUUUGUGGAAGAAUCCCAACAGGGGGUCAAUUUGCAACAUUUAUUGAUCCUGCAUAUUUCUUUGGGAACCCUAGCCUUUGUGGAUUUCCACUUGAUAAUAAAACUUGUAAAUGUGGAACAACUAAUCAUAUCAAACCUACUCAAGAAGAUGUGGAUGAGAGAGGAGAAAUCCCAUGGCAUUGGUAUGUUGAGUGGAUGACAAGCUUUGCUGCUGGAUUUUGGGGAGUAUUUGGAAUCUUGAUUUUCAAAAAGUGUUGGAGAAGAAGAUACAUUCAAGUCUUAGAUGAAGUUGCAAUUAUUUUUUUAGAUAGAAUAAGAGAUAUUAGGUAGGUCAAUAUAGUUUGACAAAUGUAAUUUUGAUGUGGAAAGAUGUAUUUCUCAGUUGACACAUGUACCAAGGAAGAUACUAGAUAAUAAAAUAUUUGUAAUUAACUAAUCAGCACAAAAAUCCA